ACGGAGGGGCCGAGCGCCCGAGCCGCGCCGCGGGGACCGAGCGAGCAGCCCGAGGCGGCGGAGGCGGCCGAGGACGGGGACGGCGACGACUCGGAGGCGGAGAGGAAGCCGCCCGGCCCAGCCCCGUGAAGCAGGCAGAGCGCAGCGAGGUGUCUGUCUGUCGAGGCCGCCAUGCCGUUCCCGUUUGGGAAGUCCCACAAAUCCCCCGCAGACAUCGUGAAGAACCUGAAGGAGAGCAUGGCCGUGCUGGAAAAGCAGGACAUUUCGGACAAAAAGGCAGAGAAGGCCACGGAAGAAGUUUCCAAAAAUCUGGUUGCCAUGAAAGAGAUUCUGUACGGCACGAAUGAGAAAGAGCCGCAGACGGAAGCAGUGGCGCAGCUGGCUCAAGAGCUGUAUAAUAGUGGGCUCCUGAGCACCCUCGUGGCGGACCUGCAGCUCAUUGACUUUGAGGGCAAAAAAGAUGUGGCUCAAAUUUUCAACAAUAUUCUCAGAAGACAAAUUGGUACAAGGACUCCUACUGUUGAAUACAUCUGCACCCAACAGAAUAUUUUGUUCAUGUUAUUGAAAGGGUAUGAAUCUCCAGAAAUAGCUCUAAAUUGUGGAAUAAUGUUACGGGAGUGCAUCAGACAUGAACCACUUGCAAAAAUCAUUCUGUGGUCAGAACAGUUUUAUGAUUUCUUCCGAUAUGUUGAAAUGUCAACAUUUGACAUAGCUUCAGAUGCAUUUGCCACAUUCAAGGAUUUGCUCACAAGACAUAAAUUGCUCAGUGCAGAAUUUUUGGAACAGCAUUAUGAUAGAUUCUUCAGUGAAUAUGAGAAGUUACUUCAUUCAGAAAACUAUGUGACAAAGAGACAGUCACUCAAGCUGCUUGGUGAGCUGUUACUAGACCGACACAACUUCACAAUUAUGACAAAAUACAUCAGUAAACCCGAGAACCUCAAACUAAUGAUGAAUCUCCUACGAGACAAAAGCCGUAACAUCCAGUUUGAGGCCUUUCACGUUUUCAAGGUGUUCGUCGCCAACCCCAACAAGACGCAGCCCAUCCUAGACAUCCUCCUCAAGAACCAGACCAAACUCAUCGAGUUCCUCAGCAAGUUUCAGAACGACAGGACCGAGGACGAGCAGUUUAAUGACGAGAAGACCUACUUGGUCAAACAGAUCAGGGACUUGAAGAGACCAGCCCAGCAAGAGGCCUAACCGCUCCCCGUAAACAUCCAAACUAGUAAACCCAAACCCAGCACUUGCUGUUAGCUCUGCGGCAUCAGGCACUCUUUCCGAUUCAUGAGGAACAUUACUGCUCAUCUGCUGUUAAGUGAACGGUUUUCCUUUUACCUUGUUUUGUUUGUUUUUUUUUUUUAGUCGAACCUGGAGAAGGUAGCUGCUGCUUUCUUGCACACUAGAGCACACGUGGACUUUUCUUGAUCUUGGUGUCAUUUCAGGAUUCAGAGACCCUGUUUGCUGUAGGAGCUGUGGACACGGCUAGGUUCCCGAGGGCAGAAGCAGGGGUGGUGUGUGGCGGAGGGCGGAGGGCGGAGGGCGUCGGUGGGGUCGGACUGACCUGCGGGCUUGCGGCGGUCUUUGUGAGAGCUGGGCGUGGGUUCUUGGUGAGAAGGUCGCCUUCACCAGAGGAAGACCGUGCUGUGUGUGGAAUCGGGUCCACACCCAUGACGUAAGCUUUUGGGUGGAUAAAAUUGACAUGAGAAUAACUUGAUACUGAAACUUAGCAACUUCUUAAAAGUGUGAAGCUUCAUAAGGUCAUGAGGAAAAUGUAUAUAUGCUUUUCACAGCUUUCUAGAAUUUUUUGACUUUUGAUUUUCCUAAGACUUGUAAACCUGGAUAUGUCGGAAGGUGUUUGUUAAUUUCCCUUUUGGAAGGUCUUUUCAAACAGUAGAGCUAGCGACAACACCUUGCAUAUCAUUUCAACGAUGCUUAUAGGUUUCUUUUGUAUAUAAUUCUUAGAAUGCUCAUUUCUUUUAAAUGAUUUAAUUUGUACAGCAGAGGAAUGUUAUUGUAUUAGUAUGUAACUAUUACCUAAUAUUGAGUUUUUGCAAAAAAAAAAUGAAUGCUUAUAUGUAAUUGAAAUACUUCAGAUCACAUGAAAAUGCUGAUUUAACAUUUAAGUACCACAGCAUUAAAAGGAAAAAGUAAACCAGUCCUUCGUAUUCAGUUACCUAAUGGGGUGCCAUCAGGAGGGUACAACACAGACUCGGAACUCAGCUCCACCUUCCUGCACGAGACUGGCCUUAUCCGUGUAAAACGAGCGGUGAGUUUGCUAGACCUGUGAGUGACACCGGUCACGCUAAGUUAGCGCUGACCCCGUGUGUGCGGGAGGCCCGUCAUAGAGCACCUCGGGCGCCCUCUUUAGAGCAAGUGACCCGGCACCAUAGUCGUGAAACUGAGUAGUUGAGACUUCGGCUUCUCUUGGGAAGAGUUCCUAGUCAUAGGUGUUCUAUGGGGAGAUUUAUUUUUUUUAAUGUCCUGUUCCUUAAUGCUGCAAAUUAUCAGUAUUUAUAAAGUAACUGAUUUUGCACCACUCUUUUGUUACUGUGACCACGGCAGAGCAGCGUCUCCUAGAACACAUCCCUGCGAAGUUACUAGAAGGGAAUCUGUUCAUCUUAGCGAUGCAAAGGCCACAACUAACCACGUGCAGACCAGAGUUUGCCGGUUCAAAUCCAGCAUGGCUGUGGCUGACUGAGAAAUUUACAUGAUUAUUCUUUGCUAGCCUCUCUUACUAAUUGAAUUAUUUAUCGGCCAGUAAAAUGAGACUCCCGAGUGAUGUUCCGACAGGCUGUAAGAGCACCAGUUAGAAAAAUAGCCCCAGAAAACACGGAUGCAUUUCGUUGUAUUGAAUUACACAACGGCCUGCAUCGAGAUUGGUUCUCCAAGGCCGUCCUGACCACCGGCUGUGUGAGAGCUUCCGUGUGUCCCCUCGGCGGUAGGGGGAGCGGCCUCAGCUCCCCGAAAUGAAAGCGCCAGGGGGUGGGGACGGCAGGCUUGGCCAGGACGGCACGCCCUGGGCCUCCUGCGCUGGGGCUGGUGUCAGGGCCCCUCCCGUGAGAAUGUCACCCCGGCUGGAAGGAAGGCUCCCCUGCUGGGCGGGUUCCGGGAACCGGAGAAGAUGCAGCAGCCUCCACGCGGGGGCGCCCUCGCAGCGCUCGGGGGCGGGGCAGUGAGGGCGCAGCGUGCCCGGGACUGCGGGCAUGGUGCCGCCCACGGGGGUCUGGAGGGAGUUACGGUUGGGGGGCUCUUUGUUUGUUUGUUAACAAAAAUGUGAAAACAUUCAAGGUUGAAAAGUUGCAUUUGAAGUUAUGACCAUUUAAUAUAUUCCUAUACCAAAACUACUAUACUGGAAGUGGUUUCUUUGUGUUUAGAGGUUUGAUUUUACAUGAGCCGGUCGCUCCAUGUGAUUUUUCACCCUGAACAGCCCAAGGUGGGGGUGUACGCAGUGGUUGGCGGUGUCGUGGGGCGUUCCUUUCUCCCCAGGGAAAGUAAAUUUCUUGUCCGACUAUCUGGCUGGCCCUGUAAUUUAAAUUCAAAUAAAAUUUUGGAGAAACACU